AACCAGUUGCUUUCCAAAUCUCCAGUGACAAAUGUUUCAGUAUUAAUUUCAAACUGAGCCAUGGCACAAAUAAAACCACUGAACGCUGAAUUACAAAAACUUGCCAUCGAUGAAUUGGGCGAAGUGCCUGCUCGAAUAGCUGAUGAUUUGCAAGCUCUUAAAUUAUGGAUACAAGCCGAACCGCAUUUAAGGGCUCGAACCGAUGAUCAAUUUUUAAUACAAUUCUUGAGGGGCUGUAAAUAUAGUCUGGAAAGGGCAAAGGAAAAAAUUGACCUAUUCUAUUCGCUGAAGACCAAAUAUCCUUCGAUGUUUGGGUCCAUCGAUGUGGAUGAUGGGAAAUUUCGGACCAUACAUAAUAUGGGCUGCUACAUUGCUUUACCCAAACCCCUGAACGAAAACGGCCCACGCAUUGUGGUCUUCCGUUUCAGUUACAACGCAGCGGAAUACAGUAUUGAUGAUGUCUUCUUACCGGGGGCCGCCAUGCAUGAGGUGAUGAUUUACAAUGAUCCCUAUGCCUGUAUCAAUGGCAUAAUUUACCUUGUGGACUUUGAGCUAGCCACUGGCAGUCAUUUCCUGCAAAUGACUCCGAAUUUUUGCAUGAAACUUUUAUCAUUUUUGGAAAAAUCCAUGCCCUAUAGAGUCAAACACAUCUAUUAUUUGAAUACCUCACCGGCCGCUCAGCAGUUCCUCAAGGCAUUGCUGUUAUUCUUCUCCGAGAAACUUAAACAGAGGAUAACAAUUUUAGGCCAAGACAAAAAGGAAUGGAUCCAACACAUACCAGCCGCCUAUUUACCCCGUGACUUUGGCGGUGAGAAUAGCUCUUGUGAAGAGGCAGCCCGGGAAUAUAAUAAAAUAUGGGAUUCUUACAAGGAAUAUUUCAAGGAGAAUUCCCAAUAUGGCACGGAUGAGAAGCUGCGCCAAGGACAGCCUCUGGAUUUGGAUGGCCUAUUUGGCGUGGGUGGUUCUUUCCGGAAACUGGCAGUAGAUUGAUUCUAAUCGAUUUUGAAGAUAAAUGCCUUAAAUAUUUUUUUCAAUAAUUAAAGGAACAUCCAGCAAAAUAUAAAAUUAGAACUAAAAAUAGAAAACUUUUGUAUUGGUGUUUUGAAAGUUUGCAUCGUAGAGAGGAGACAAGUUACCCCUCUUCCACAUUUUGUUGAAAUUUUCGGAUGAAGAUCCCUUGCGAUCCGUUGAUUUUAGGUAUAUAGUGUGUUUGGCAAUAUUAGAGAUAACUAUAUGGGAAUUAUUUAGGUCAAACAUUUUAACCCUCAAGCGAUUCAACAGAGGGGUAUUUUUGGUUCUUUUUUCAAAAUAUGGUUUAAAACUCCCUUUAAACGGGAUCGUUGCAAGUCAAAAUAAUUUGUCAUAAAAUUCAACUAUAGGUCCUAGUCGACGUCAAAAGUCUAAAUCUUAACUUAAUGUCAGCAAUUUAAAAAAUAUUAAAAAAUUAUUUUAGGGUUAAAGUCGUACUUUAUGUGAGUUUUUACAAAAAUCUCCUACAAAACAUUAUUGUAAUAGGAUGACGUUAAAGACAAAAAUAUUCCUCAUCAAAUUUCACUAUAAGUCACCAAAGGAAAUAUUUUUCUAAUUCCAUUGUA